AUCAGCUAGUAGUCGACUAGAGUUGAGUUCAAUGGUUUCUGCCUGAAGGAACUCGUUAAAAGCAUUCAACUAAGCGACGUUGUUGACGUGGCUGAAUUUUCAAGCGUCAUAAGCAGUAUCAGGAAGUUUUCUGUAGUUGCGAGACUUUUUUGUUUUCUCCGAUAUUUAAUAAAGUAACAGAAAUGUCCGCUAAAUAUGUGACUUGUGUGAGCAUAAUUUUAGCCAUCUCCAUGUUGGCAAAUAAACUUCAGGGAGCCGCAAUUGAUUCAAAAGCUUCUGAGCAACUGUUAAAAGCAACUCCUUUAAACGUUUUAUCAUUUCUGUCCGAACUUUAUUCCAUUCAAGCUAAAUCCUUGAAUGAAACUUUGACAAGCUGUCCAAGUUUCUGGACUCGAACAGAAAAAGAGUUUAGUGAAAAAGAAGAAACAGGCAUUCUAGGUUCAAUCACAAAGCUUCAAGAGCUAUGCCCAAAUAAGGAAAAUUUCACUAUAGUUUGUAAAGGUGCUAUUUGGAUUUCAGAUUAUGUUUGCACAGCAAGUCAAGAUGAAAAUUAUCAGCUACCAGCUGUCCAAGAUCUGAAAAAUCUGACUAGUGUCAAUGGUUUGUGCCAAGCACUUGUUGGAAAUGUAAAUCUUACACAGAAACUAUGUAACAUAGUAAAAACGAGUGCAAAACCCAAUCAAGCUUUGAAGAUAUUGAAAGUAAAUGAGAAAUCUGAAAACAUUUGUACCUUGCCUGGUAAUGAAACACAAGAACAGUGUAUUCAAUAUUGUGGUGGAAACAAACAGCCACUAUGCAAAAUUAUUCUACAAAGCUUAAGAACAAUUGUUUCUUUGGAAGAAAAGAAAGAACAUUUGGCAGAUACCAGUACUAAUGGUGAUACAGACUUAACAGCAAGCAAUGGCAAUCUUUCUUCAUAUCCUUCUUUGACAGACCCACCUACCAUCAAGACGACGGUCAUUGUUCAACAAAGUCAGACUGAACGAAAUGUACAAGGGAUGACUUCACAGAACAACAAGGAGUCCUUAAAUUCUACGACGCAGUCUAUCAGCACAGUCACCCCCGUUACGAUAAACAACGAAACGCCUGCGAUGUCUUCUGUGCUGUCUAAUAAAACUCAUACAAAAUCUCCGUCAACAGUGGCAACAUAUAUUGAAACAUCUUCGGCAACGGAAGUGACUGUUACUGACGAAGAAUUUGGAUUGGACGACUUUUCUGCUGACAAGCCACCGAUAAAACCUGCCGAUGAAGAUCCGCCAUUAUAUGAGGAUGGUGACGAGGCGCUUAAAGAAGAAAAAGAGUUAAACAAGGAAGAAGAAAGAAUUCCUAAUGAAACACAAAAGGCUGUUCAUAAUUAUGAUUCGUCAUCAGAUACUGAUGCUGAUCCAGUCAACACGCACUUCCUUUUCUAUUUUAUUGCCUUCGCCGUGCUGUCUGCAAGUGGCUAUCUAGUGUUUAUACGCAGGAAAUAUCUAAUCGCAUUGGUGUUGGAAGGUCGUUCAAAUUCAAGUAGAAGACGCAGUAGCUCCUUUCGGGAACGUCCUUCGUCUGGGAGUUAUCGCAAGCUGGUUAAUAACCUUGAAGAAGCCAUAACAUCAAAUUCCGUCAAAAAUUCUAAUGUAAUAUAUUGAAUGCAUUUGUUGAAUAAGUUCAUGUAUAAAGUACGUAAUCGAAUAAAUUGCUAUAUAAUUCA